AGGAUCCAACUGUACAUGGUCGUGGAGUUCAGGGGUGGUCGAUAACGGCGACGUCAACCUGUUAAUCAAUACAUUUUGAAUGGAUCAGGUUCACAGUGGAUCAGGAUCAGAGUGGAUCAGGAUCACAGUGGAUCAGGAUCACAGUGAUCUGGUUUAUCUUCCUCUGUCCCUCUGACUCCUCCCCCUGUCCUGCUGCUCUCCGCCUCCUGCUGGUGAGACUGAGAACAGAUGCUCAGUGUCAGAGUGAAGGAACCAAUCACAGCGGACUUUGUGCGAGAGGCGGAGUUUACCCUGGACAGGAGACACACACACUCACACACUCUGCAUCCUGAUUGGUCAACUGAUCUGAGACAGGAGAGUGGGCAGAGUUUGAAUCUCAGUUUGUGGAUCUCUGAUAUAAAUAGUUGUGUUCAGCUUCCACUCUCAGAAUAACUCGUCUCCUCUUACAGCAGGACCACAUUCAGACAGACCUGGACCCAGAGCUGGACUCUAGACCUGGACCCAGAGCUGGACUCUAGACCUGGACCCAGAGCUGGACUCUAGACCUGGACCCAGAGCUGGACUCUAGACCUGGACCCAGAGCUGGACUCUAGACCUGGACCCAGAGCAGGACUCUAAACCUUGACCUAGAGCUGGACUCUAGACCUGGACCCAGAGCUGGACUCUAGACCUGGACCCAGAGCUGGACUCUAGACCUGGACCCAGAGCUGGACUCUAGACCUGGACCCAGAGCUGGACUCUAGACCUGGACCCAGAGCUGGACUCUAAACCUUGACCUAGAGCUGGACUCUAGACCUGGACCCAGAGCUGGACUCUAGACCUGGACCCAGAGCUGGACUCUAGACCUGGACCCAGAGCUGGACUCUAGACCUGGACCCAGAGCAGGACUCUAAACCUUGACCUAGAGCUGGACUCUAGACCUGGACCCAGAGCUGGACUCUAGACCUGGACCCAGAGCUGGACUCUAGACCUGGACCCAGAGCUGGACUCUAGACCUGGACCCAGAGCUGGACUCUAGACCUGGACCCAGAGCUGGACUCUAAACCUUGACCUAGAGCUGGACUCUAGACCUGGACCCAGAGCUGGACUCUAGACCUGGACCCAGAGCUGGACUCUAGACCUGGACCCAGAGCUGGACUCUAGACCUGGACCCAGAGCAGGACUCUAAACCUUGACCUAGAGCUGGACUCUAGACCUGGACCCAGAGCAGGACUCCAGACCUGGAUCUAGACUCUGAGACCCUUUAGUGACCUGCGAUCCUGAGUCUCAGACUCUAACAGUGCAUCACAUGAGGUCUUUACCCGGAAGCUCCCAAACAUUAUCGAUUAUUGAUUAUUGAUUUCUGAAUGAAUGGGUCUGUUACUCUGGACCUGGUCCUCGGGUUCUCCUGGACCACCAUGUGGGGUGUUGCUCUGGUCUCUGAGGACUGGCGUCCUCGUCACGGGGCGGCUGCCUGUGAUGUCACAGCGUCACAUGGGCCCGAGCCCCUCGUCCGACUCUCUUCUCACACUCUGACGACUCAUUCACUGACGGUCGGUGAUCUCGGCUCCGAGCGCCAUGACCCGUUACUGCAGCCUGAUCCGGCGCCUGCUGUCCGGAGAGCGUAAAAGAGAGGAGGCGGACGAGGAGGAGGGCGGAGCUCAGAGGGAGAGCGGCCCGCAGGAGCCGCAGCUGAAGGGCAUCGUGACGCGUCUCUUCAGUGAGCAGGGAUUCUUCCUGCAGAUGCAGCCUGAUGGAGCCAUCAGUGGCAACAAGGACGAGAACAGUGACUACACUCUGUUCAACCUGAUCCCUGUGGGGUUAAGGGUCGUGGCCAUCCAGGGCGUGAAGGCCGGACUCUACGUGGCCAUGAACACGGAUGGGUUCCUCUACACAUCGGAUGUGUUCACUGCCGAGUGUAAGUUCAAAGAGUCCGUGUUCGAGAACUACUACGUCAUCUACUCGUCCACGUUGUACCGGCAGCAUGAGUCGGGUCGCGCCUGGUUCCUGGGCCUCAACAAGGACGGAGUCAUCAUGAAGGGAAACCGCGUGAAGAAAACCAAACCCUGCUCGCACUUCGUCCCGAGGCCCAUCGAAGUCUGUAUGUAUAAGGAGCCGUCGCUGCACGAGCUCGAGGAGAAGCUGCUGAAAUCCUCGCGGAGCCCGACGAUCAACAGCGAGCAGCGAGCGCGGCGCCUGGAGGAGCAGCCGCAGGACGACGUCACAGAGCAGGACGGGUCAUAGCCUGCAGCGCCCCCCGCAGGAGGAGGAGGCAAACUCCCAUUCUAACACUCCCUCCGUUCAGCAACAACCACAACUACGACCGCCACGUAGACGAAAACAAAAACAAAAUUAAGAAGCUAAAAAAAAUUAAAAAAAUAAAAAAAUGGGUAAAAAAAAUCUUGCUCAUGAUGAAAUAUUUUAAAUCUUUGGGGGAGGGGCUUGUUUGAAAAUGAGAAAAAUCAGGACGUUGAUGAAGAUGAUUUACAUUGUAUGCAAAAAUCCCGGCUGAGACGACGGCGGGAGGCGGCGUCACACCUACUCUUCAUCACCACACCUACUCUUCAUCACCACACCUACUCUUCAUCACCACACCGUCAUCGUCGUCAUCGUCGUCAUCGUCGUCUCCGUCGUCUCCGUCGUCUCCGUCGCGCCGGUGACGAAAUGUUUUCGAGCGAGCGCUGAGAACUCCAAAGCUUUAAGCCAUGUAGACACUUCACUUCCAAUGAAUGCAACAACUUUCGCACUUACGACAUGUCAUGCUUCUUCUUCUUCUUCUGCGUGUUGUUCCGUCCAAUCAGGAGGAAGAAGAGUUGUUCUGUUUGUUUGUGUUGUCGGGACUCGUGAUUCAGUUCCGUCACUUCCUACGAAAAAAGGGUCAAAGGGGAAAUGAAACCUAAGGGACUUCCUGAUCAGGUGGGACCGGGGGGCGUGUCUUCAGGCAGAUGUAGGUCAUGUGAUCCGGUUCUCGUCCGUUCGGCGGCGUUUUGGUCAAAACACGUCAAAUCACUUGAGCGUCAUGAAACCUGAAAACCAUCAGUAAAAUGAUCGUCAGGUUUCACGUCGGCUAAUUUCCAUGUUGCAGAUGUUGCGUUACGUUGUUGUAUGUUAUGUUACGAUACGAUACGCUAGGCUACGUUGUGCUAUGUUGCGUUACGUUGCAUUUUUUUUAUUUACGCUGCAAAUAAAGACAAAAGCAAUCGUUUGUGAUCGUGAGCAGAUUUGAGUCUCGAGCUGGUUUCAGACGGAGAGUUUUUUGUUUUCCGACUCAGCUGAUCCUCGUCGAUGUUGUUCAGACGUUUUGAUCAGAUGGAGCUCCUCAUCGCGGUGCGGUAAAGAGCCGUUGAAGAGAUCGGCGAUGCUACCUGCUUUUAGACGCUCGCACAUCGACCGUGACUCGUUUCUUUUCAUUAGACAAAACUAUUU